AUGGUGGAACACGCCAAUAGGAAGUUUGCCCAUCCGAAGAUCUGCUACGAUGUCCUGGACAUUGGGGGGAAUGGGGUGGCCGACUUUGUCGGGCGAUACGGUCAGUUCGAUCGCGUCUAUUCCUUCUUAUGCCUACAUUGGACCAGGGAUCAAGAAAAGGCCUUCAAGAACAUCGCCGACUUGAUGAAACCAGGUGGUGAAUGUCUGCUUUACUUCAUUGCGUCCGUAAGCUCUAUGCGCUUGGGAAGGAAGCUCUUAACUUUGGAUCACUGGCAAAAAUACAGAACGUAUAUUGAAUACGACUUUCCGCCAGCCCUGGAUUUGCCGGACCGAGAUGCCCGUCUGUCUUACAUAUCUAGUCUUGUGAAGAACGCCGAUCUGAUUCCAACCACGUGUGAGGUGCUCGAAGAAGGCCGCAGGUGGUCCAGCGUUGAGGAAUACACAAGAGUGCAUAUGGGAAUUAUUAGACUCGCCAGCCUUGUAACAGAAGAAGAGAAGCCUCUCCUUCUCAAGGACGUCGCCGAAGAAGGAGCCAAGUUGUUGGCCGAGGAAAAGGCCGGUGGCUCACCUUUCCGCAACUCCCAGUUUCUGGUGCGCGCCCACAAACCUCGGCACUAAGCUGGGCGUGCCCCUCUGUCCUGCGUUGCCGCGAAGCACAGUGCAGACAUCAGAUAUUGAUUUGCGCACCUUUGGUUAAACAAUA